GACCGUCCUGCCGCGGGGAGCGGGCGGGCGCUGCCGACCCCGCCGGGCUCCUCACCGGGCUCCUCACCGGGCUCCUCACCGGGCUCCACCGAACUGCAUGGGAAAUAGCCAGAAGCGUGCGAAAGCAGCGGAGAGGGUGGCAGCAGUUCCGGCUGCACCAUGGCCGAGCCGAAGUCUGUGUGCGUUUCGGUGGACGAGGUGGUCUCCAAUGGCACAGACACCCAGGACAUUCGCCUGAUGAAUGGACACUUAAAGAAGGUGGACAAUGCUCUGACAGAAGCUCACAGGUUCUCCUACCUGCCCCGCAGGCCAGCUGUGAACAUUGAGUUUAAAGAACUGUCCUACUCUGUCCAGGAAGGGCCUUGGUGGAGAAAGAAAGGUUAUAAGACCCUUUUGAAAGGAAUUUCAGGGAAGUUCAGCAGUGGAGAACUCGUUGCAAUUAUGGGACCUUCAGGAGCUGGGAAGUCAACGCUUAUGAAUAUUCUGGCAGGAUACAGAGAGACGGGGAUGAAAGGAGAGAUCCUCAUCAACGGGCAGCCCCGCGACCUGCGCUCCUUCCGCAAAGUCUCCUGCUACAUCAUGCAGGAUGACAUGCUCCUCCCUCACCUCACUGUCCAGGAGGCCAUGAUGGUAUCUGCUCAUCUGAAACUUCAAGAGAAAGAUGAAGGCAGGAGAGAAAUGGUGAAGGAAAUCCUGACAGCCCUGGGUUUGCUGCCGUGUGCCAACACCAGGACUGGGAGCCUUUCUGGGGGCCAGAGGAAGCGUCUUGCCAUUGCUUUGGAGCUGGUGAACAACCCCCCUGUCAUGUUCUUCGACGAACCAACCAGUGGCUUGGACAGUGCAUCAUGUUUUCAGGUGGUCUCUCUGAUGAAGGCUUUGGCCCAGGGUGGCAGGUCCAUCAUCUGCACGAUCCACCAGCCCAGUGCAAAGCUGUUUGAGCUCUUUGACCAGCUCUAUGUUCUAAGUCAAGGUCAGUGCAUUUACCGUGGGAAGGUAACAAACCUCGUCCCUUACUUGAGAGAUCUGGGGUUGAACUGUCCAACCUACCACAACCCAGCAGAUUUUGUCAUGGAAGUGGCCUCUGGUGAAUAUGGGGACCAGAGCAGCCGCCUGGUGAGGGCUGUGAGGGAGAGGAUCUGUGACACGGACUACAAGAGAGACGUGGCUGGGGAGAACGAGCUGAACCCCUUCCUGUGGCACCGGCCCUCUGAAGAGGACUCCUCCUCCACAGAAGGCUGCCACAGCUUCUCUGCCAGCUGCCUAACCCAGUUCUGCAUCCUCUUCAAAAGAACUUUCCUCACCAUCAUGAGGGACUCGGUCCUGACGCACCUGCGGAUCACCUCGCACAUCGGCAUUGGGCUGCUCAUUGGGUUGCUCUACUUGGGCAUUGGCAACGAAGCCAAGAAAGUGCUCAGCAACUCGGGAUUCCUCUUUUUCUCCAUGUUGUUCCUCAUGUUUGCCGCGCUCAUGCCGACCGUCCUCACCUUCCCCCUUGAGAUGGGAGUAUUUCUCAGAGAGCAUCUGAACUACUGGUACAGCCUGAAAGCAUAUUACCUGGCCAAAACCAUGGCUGAUGUUCCUUUUCAGAUCAUGUUCCCUGUGGCUUACUGCAGCAUCGUGUACUGGAUGACUUCCCAGCCCUCCGACGCGCUGCGCUUCGUCCUCUUCGCGGCCCUGGGCACCAUGACAUCCCUGGUGGCUCAGUCCCUGGGCCUGCUCAUAGGUGCAGCCUCCACAUCCCUCCAGGUGGCAACUUUUGUGGGCCCAGUUACUGCCAUCCCAGUCCUUCUGUUCUCUGGGUUUUUUGUCAGUUUUGACACCAUCCCAACAUACCUCCAGUGGAUGUCCUACAUUUCCUAUGUCAGGUACGGGUUUGAAGGAGUCAUCCUCUCCAUCUAUGGACUGGAUCGAGAAGAUCUGCACUGCGACAAAGAUGACACCUGCCAUUUCCAAAAAUCAGAGGCCAUCCUGAAAGAACUGGAUGUAGAAAAUGCCAAACUUUACCUGGACUUCAUCGUCCUCGGGAUUUUCUUCUUCUCUCUGCGCCUGAUUGCCUAUUUUGUCCUCAGAUACAAAAUCCGAGCGGAGAGGUAAAGGAGAAGCAGCUAAAGCAAUGCAGUAGGAGAACCUUAGACAUGCAAUAGAAGGCACUUGACAUUGUCUCACUGUGGCAGGCUGGUCCCCAGUGCCCAGCCAGAUGCUGUCCUGACCGAGCCCAUGGAGAGCCACAAUGGGAUAGUGGACAUACAGUGUUAAGCCAAUCAGUCCAGUUGGGUUGGGUCAUGUUUUCAUCACACUUUCUAGCUUUAACUAGGAAGAAGAACUAGAAGGGAAUCUUAACACCGCAGAACAUCAAUACCGAGGCAGUGUAACUGUAACGAGAAACCUGGCUGCAGGAGCCUUCCUUAUGAAAACCAAUUUUGGGAUAAAGUCACCAGGAUACCAUUCCUGGUGGCCAGAAUAGUGUAAUGUCAUCUCUAGCUGACAAGGUAGUGAGGUGCAAAAUGAGGAAUGCAAAGAAAAUAGGAUUCUCUCAUCUUUUUAAAUUUCAUCUUUGCGGUUUUCUAUGUAUUGUUUUGCAAUUCUUUUCCACAGAAUUACCCCUUCUGGCUAAAAGUCUGUAAAUGUAUUAAUAAGGUAAAGAUAUCUUUUUAAUAUGGAUACUUUUUUAAAAGAAACCUAAAGUGAUUCAAGUAAUUAUUUUUGUUUCUGUCUGAAUUUAGAAUUCUGGUGCUUUACUUGUCGAGCUGGUCUCAUAUCUGAAAACUGUAAUACCAGGAGGAAAAGGCAGAUUCUGAAUCUGCACUAAACCUGUGGUCCCAUUUGGAAGCAGCACUGGAUAGCACAUGCAGUUAGACAUGGUCAAGCUGCCACUGAAUGGUUGAAAAAAAAUAUUCUUUUGCAGUGUCUUUAAAUCCUUAGUAUUUGUGAUAUUUUGGGAUACUAGCUCUGUUCAUUAUGUGUUUGAUCUACCUCCUGCGACUGAAAAAACUCAAAGCACUCCAAGGCUCGUUUGUAAUUGAAUUGUGAAAGCAGGAUCUGUCCCUAAAGUGAUUGUUAAAGGAGUGCAAGAGCUGUCCACAGAUCAAAGCUUGGGCUACUGUGUUAAAAACACCUGUGACUGCCUCAUCCAGAGGUGUUCAUUAUAUCUGCAACAAAAACUCUCCAAAAAACACUCAAAUGACCUUGUAACGCUGCAGGUCUAAUUAUGCCGGGCAGUUUUGUUCUCAUCCCAAAGUCUAAUGCACAACACGAGAGUCAGUUGAUCUGAACAUCAGUAAAGCUGUUAUUUUGGGCCAUCUCACCUCUGUAAAUUUGGCAGGGGGAAUUAUUCUGGUUCCAAGCUGAAAUGUGAAUUUUGUCACCAAAUGUCACGGGUUUGGAUUUUCAACCCAAAGUGAACCCACCAUACUCACCUGGGGCACCUUGGCGAGCUCUGGUGCAAAUUGCACCACGGCCUUCUGCCGUGACUGUGAAUUUAUCUUGGUGUCCCAGGCCCCCCAGGGAGGCCUCCACGUUCUGUAAGUGCGUUAUUCCCAUCAGGAUGCUGAAGUCUCGCAGGCUGGAGGCAGCUCAGUGUCAGCAAACCCUUGAAGGAGCCCAACAGCCCAUGGCAGCAGGGUGGAUAAGAGGGACCUGGUGCAUCUUCUGGCCCCCAGCAGUCAAAAAUUCACAAACUUUUCCAAGUCUCCGUGGCUGUGUCUAUCCUAGUGAAAUAAAUAGUGCCAGGGCCAGCUCUGUUAGUCCUCACACAGCUGGGGCUAAUAGGAACGAGCCCUGCUCCGACUUCUACACAACCCAAACUGUCUGGAAAAGCUCUGGCUGUGCUGGGCUGCAGCUCUGCCAUUUAGCAGGGGAGAAAAUUGUUUCCCAGAUUUCCUGGCCCGUGCCCAGGCUCUGUUUGAUUUACGAAUACAGACACAGACUGUGUGUAUCUGUUAAACUCAGGACAUCUGAACUAAGCCUGUGGUCUGGAAGGCUUUAAAUCAAGUCACAUAUUUUAGGAAGGCCAGCUGAACUUUCCCUGGAAAUAAGGUUUACCUGUGAAAACAAAAUCAAUCUUUACUGUAGAAGAAAAACCAAACUCCUUGCACAGCCUCUUUGCAUAAGUUUUGUUGCUGUUUUUUCUCAGAAAGCUUUUGUACAGCUCUGCAGCAUUUCCAGGCAAUAAUAUAUGGCUGUCAGAUUUGAGAAAUUAAAGAGUUUUGAGCUAUUCUAAAUAAUACUCAUAGCUGUGAACAGUUCUUAAACAAGGCACGAGCUCAAAUCCCUUUAGCACAACGUGCCUUGAUUAUUUCAAGACUCUCCAAGUAUUUGUGAAUAUUACAGGCAGUUCCAACACUUUUUGCAAGCAGACAAAGGAGCACACUUGCCAAAUUCCUCUUGGGCUGCAGACUUCUGGUCCAAGCUGAGGUCAAAGAGUGUGACAUCCCUGGCACUGAAUACCUUCAGGGUUCAUGUUUUGUGUUUACCAACACCAUUUUCCAAAUGCCACCCUGGCAAUCCCUUGCAGUGUUCCACAUGAGGUAACUUUGCUGCCAUUUCCACGCUGGAAUCUUGCAGGAUGCUGUUCGCUCCCAUCUAGACCAGUUUAGCUGUAUGAAUUCCUUGGAUACUGUCAUCUGUGCCUGUUCCUCUGUUUUUAGACUGCCUCAUUUUAUGUUUUUAGCCUCCAGCAUGUCCUCCUGCGCUAUAACUUUGUGUUGUGUUAUGGCAGCCAAAAAUCUGGUCCUCCAUGGGUAUUCCUUAGAAAAUUACUGCUCUGGGAAUAUUUUUUGUCACUCUUUCUUUUGUUAGAUACACUUUUCCCAGCCUUCUGCUGGCAGCAUUUAGCUGAAAGUUGCUAUUCUAAGGAAUGCUUUCAGACUGUAGUAUCCCAGUAAAGAAGUAAUUCUCUGGAAACUCAGUGAUACAUGUAGAUGAGAUAAUAAUUUUUUUCCCUGCCUAGCUCACUACUUAACUAAUGAUCGCUCCUUUGUCACUGCUGUGGGACAGAAGCAUUUAAAUUCCAUCCCAAUUAUGUUUUCAUCUACUGCAAAGAUUUUUAACGUAGUCUCAGGUUGGCUUUUUUUUUCUCUUGACGUGGAGGCAGAUUCUAACAGGCUGGUAUAAAACACAUUCCCAGGUUAAUGGGCUGAGCAUGCAGGUGCUGUUGUGUUGAGCAGCACUUUGUGAAGCUCUGGAGGCUUCACUUGGAAGAAUAAUAAGGCCAGCAAGAUUCUGAAGGCUUCAAAUCCUCAAUUUUCAAAUCCUCGAUUUUAUAGCCAUAUCUAAAGAGCCAUAAACCCUUUGAAAUCAAUGCCACUAUUACCAUUUGAACCAGUCACAGCCUGGCUAAAAGUCGUGUAAGAGGCUAAAGGUUUCUGAGGGUCACUUGAAAACUGAAUGUAUGAUUUUUGUUGGGAUUGCAGGAAGACUUUAGGGUCCUGUUGGCCUCCUUGUUCUGUCUUGACUUGUUUUGAGACGUUGCUUUGGUGACUGUGUGCAUUAGUUAAGACUUUAGGUCCUUCACACUUCUUUUCGUUGUUUUUCUUCGUGGAAACUUGCAUAUAGUCUGAAAAACCCUGAAGGUUUUUAAAAAUAACUUGAAGCAUUAUUAUUUACAAUUAAACAAAAGAUUUGGAAAGCAGAUUCUACUCAAGAAAUUGAGAAGGUUCCACUGUUGCAGGUCAAAGGGAGUGGAAGAAGACUGGUGCUGAAAUCCUCUUCAGCUCUUAAAAUUUGGGGCACAGAGUACCUAUUUUCAUGAAAAGAGAGGAAUACAUGCACAUGAAACAGGGAGAGCUGGUUAUGUAAGUGGGAGAUGAUGAACCUGAGCCCAAGAACUGGAUGUCUCAGGUGACUGACAGUUCCAUCCACACUUUUGUGUCCAACUCUGUUCUCAGCAGAAAGGAAUGUUUUAUUUAACACUUGUUCCUGCAGGGAAGUGUGCUACACACUGACCUGUGCCACUCCAGUGAUCCUCACAGAGGAGAUCCUACCCGACCUAUUUACACAAUGCUGGGUGGGUUUGGGGGUUCCAGGAGCCGGGGGGAAGGCCAGCAAAGCAGAUAUCCCGGUGGGAGCCUCUUACAGACCACCCAACCAAGAUGAAGAGGCGGAUGAAAUGUUCCAUGGGAAGUCUUGUGAUCCAUGCCCCUUCCUCCUGUAGGAGACUUCAGCUUACCAGAGUCUGCUGGAAAUUCAACACAGCGGAGAGGAAACAGCCCAGGAGGUUCCUGGGGCGUGUGGGAAGCAAUUCCUGACACAGCUGGGGAGGGAACCAAGCAGUGGUGAUGCCCCACUGGACCUGUUUGUGAACAGAGAAGGGCUGGGGGGUGGUGUGAUGGUUGGGGAUUCCUCUUGGGCGCAGUGAACGUGAAUUGAGAGGUUUUGGUUCUCGGGGAGAUGGAGGAGUGGCAGCAGAACUCCCACCUUGGACUUCUGAAGGGCAGACCGUGCUUGGGAGCUGGACUGGAGGAGUCCCUCAGGAGGCAGCCCUGAAGGUCAAAGAGGUCCAGGAAGACACAGGGAUUCUUAAGAAGGAAAUCCUACAGGCACAGCAGGAGCAGGCCAUCCAUCCCCGUGUGCCAAAGGGCUGGCCUGGCUGAGCAGAGAGCUUUGGCUGGAACUCAGGGAACAAAACAGGGUGUAUGACCUUUGGAAGAAGGGGCAGGUGACCCAGCAGGACUAUAGGGAUGUUGUGAGGUUAUGCAAGGAGAAAUCAGAAGGGCCAAAGCCCAGCAAGAACUUAAUCUGGCUACUGCUGUAAGAGACAAUAAAAAAUAUUUCUGUAAAGAAAGCACUAAGGAGAGUCUCCAUCCUUCAUUGGAAGCCAUCCUUUUGUUUCCUGCCAAACCAGCCCCACAGGGUGCAAGUGCUCAGGAAUUUCUGCAAGUGUGGAGAUCCAUUUAUAACAGAUGAUCAUGUGAAAAGCUAUUGGGAACUAGAAGUAGGCAGAAAAUGGCACCGUGUCACGUCCUGUGUGACAGCUUGUCACAGGCUGAUCACUGCAGUGCCACACAGCACUGGUGAGUGCAUAAAUUAAGUGCUGAGUGCCACUGGAGUUAAUCAGGAGCUCUGCCAUUAGUGAACAGGGGCAGUGGCAUUUUCAGGGAUCGACUCCUGCUGCCCUACUCUUAAAUACCUGUUCCCAUAAUACACAAAGAAAUUGUUGUGUAUCCCACUGGGUGAUUUUUAUCAGCCCGCUUUUAUCACUCUUCAUAUUACAUGUCUAAAAGUUUCAGGCUGAGCUUGCAAACACAGCGAGUUUCAUUUUAAUCCUGUUUAAUGCUUUAUUUCUGUUUCUGUACAUAUUUCAAGUAGAGUUUCUGAAGGAGUAAUUGUACCCGUAGAGCACAAAAUUUAGCUGCAGUCUUUUUGUUAUUUUGAAAUCUUACGACGAAUGAUAAUUUUAUGCAGUUGUCAGCUGUAGAACUUUUCUCUAAGAGAUUUAGAUUUCUGUUGAGCCCGGUUGCCAGCACUGUAAAACAAAGGGUGACCAGUAAGGAUGUGUCUCCUUUGGCACAAAACACUGCCAUGGCUCAGCCUGCACUCUCUGAACUGGUUGUGCCUUCAAGACACAUCCAGCUUUUGCUAGUUCUUUUUUUUCUUUUAUUUAUUUUAAUUUUUUUUUUUCCGUGGGGGCUUCCAUGCAGCUCAGCCCAUGCCUGUCAAAUGCUUGUGUCCCUUUUUACUGGAUAUUCAUGGCUGCUGUCCAUGUGGGGUGUGAACAUGAGCUGCUUGGGAAGAGUGCAGGAUGGUUAAAGGUGAAGGGGUGACUUUGGGAGCUCCUUGGAGCUACCAGAACCCCAAUGUGCUGGAUCUUUGGGUGUGCUGUACUCUUUCAAGAAGAAAAAAAAAAAGUCAAAAAUGUCUUUUUAAGCAGAUUGCAGGCCAACAUGGAAGUGCUGCUUUUAAAGGUUGAUAGGGCUUUCUAUUUCAGUGGCAUCUGUGAUGUCUUUUUUUCUGACCCCAUUGCAGCUUAUUUUAGUGGCCCAUUUAGGGUAAUCAUUAUACAAACUCCUUUCUGCCACUUCCAGAAACCAGCUUUCCUGGCCUCUGUGAUAAUUAUACCAGCCUUUACAAAUGUGAAUUAGUUGUUAAUCAAUAAAAAAAGAAACCAUGGGAAAAAUUAUCUUAAAUUAUGGCAAAAGGAAAUUAAAUUUGAGACGAUUACACUGAUCUAUCUUAAGAAGUUAACGAGUCCUGCAGUGGAGCCAAGCCUUUACCUGUGUCAGUAAAGAUUUAUCAAAUACCUUAUCUGAGUCAGCUGACCUUAUUGUGAGAUUCUGCCCUUGAACCUGUUAGUGAAUUAUUUAACAUUCGGUUCUUUUGUUUUUUCAAAGCAAGAGUCAAUGCAAGGUAUGAUUUCAAAUCAGCGUGCUGAAGUGUGCAUAUUCUGAAUAUCUAAUACGUCGUUGUUGUUUCUGUAAUGCAUUUGCAUUACUAUGAAUCAAUUUUAUUCUGCUUCUCUAGAGACUAUUGCUGCCUGCACGCUGUGAUAUAUUUGCACUGUUGUAGAUAUAUAUAUAUACAUACAUAUAAUGUAAUUAUAUUAUGCAAACCAUGUCUUUUUCAGGCUGCUUGUUACCUUUGUAGUUUACGCUUCCCGGUACAGUGGACCUGAGUAAAAAAUGUGGGAUGUGGGGCAUUCUGAUGAUAUAUUACAGUAAUAGAAAAAUCUUUGUAUAUUUCUGUAUACUUAAUUACCUGUAAGAAGAGAUUUGUACGUGCAUUAUUUUCCAAACUUAGGGCUUUGUUUUCUGAGACUAGAGAACAUUUAUGAUAAUGUAACACACACACAAAA